UUUUUUUUUCUUUUCUUCUUUGAUUUAUCGUAUAUUUCAAAAUGUCGAAGGAUCAUACAAAAAUUACAAUGUGGACGACGAAGUGUAGUAAUUAUUGGUCAAUGAUAGAAAGGAAGUUAAUAAUAAAUAAGACUAGGAAAACGUGAGAUUAGAAAUACAGUUGAGAGUAUUUUUUCAAAGAAAAUAGCUUUGUGUGUGUGUGUAUGUGUGUGUGUGUGAGUGGGUGCGUGUGUAUGCGCGUAUGUCUGUACUUUAAUAAUAAUGUUUCUAUGGAAAUCAAACUGGAAAUUUCUAUGACUGAAACGCAUAUCCACGUUUAAAUAUUAUUCGAUAAUAAUAAUAAUAAUAAAAAAGAAAAAAGAAAAGUAACAAUAAUUAAUAAAAGAAAAGAAAAACUAUGGCAUUGGCAGAGGGUGAAACUAACGGCGAAAUCAACAAUACCAAUGGUGGUAGCAAUCUUCGACGUGGUAGCAGUUUACGAUUACCUCCUGCAGCAUCUGUCGGUAGUACAGAGAACGAGUUGGGCACGCAGUUACGUCGAGGGGGUUCCCUGAGGAUCCCACGAACAAGAAUAGAGGAUAGGAGGACGUUGGUAGUUGAUAGUGCGAGUUCGUUGCGAGUACCACGGGACAAAAGAUUAUCGUCUUCUACACCUUCGACUAAUUCAUCAUCAUCGUCCUCGGAAGUUAACGGAAGGAACGGAGGAUGCGAGAGACCGAUACGACCCGCCAGGCGUUCAGCUUCAACAUUGGAUCAACCAGCACCCGAAUAUCUUGCCCGAAAUCUUCUUCAAUUAGGAUGUCCUGUUAUUUCUAUGCCUACACCUCGUGGCGGCGUUGGAUCGGAGCAUCCGCAGAGUAGCGACAGCGAUGAUUCCACCACGACGCACAACCAAAAUCAGGGUCAAGGUUACGGGCAUGGACAUUCUCAUGGACAGUUCGACUCUUAUACCGUGCCCAAAGUCCAAGUGUCGGGACCACCGAACCCUUCUGAAUCCUCUUCCGUCGUCAAUGGGUCUGCGGGGUCCAUAGGAGCACGUUCAGCGCCAAGUACACCGCUUCAAACUACAACACCUGGGGUACCGCAAACGGGCCAACAAUCAAUCAGUCCUUCUCAGCUUACCGUUGUCACUAAUAUCCAAGUUUCCCAACCACCAAGGAGUCCGAGUCAUGCGGCACUGAGAUGUAAUGACAGUCAGCUAUCAAAGCCAUUGAGCAGGAGUACUCCAUCGAUGGCAGCCGGUGGUAUUGUUCAAACACCGGCGAAGAUCAGUAGAUCUUCAUCAAGAUCCUCGCCAUCGUCCACCAGUAGUGCAAGACAAAAGAAAUUUCAUCGGCAUUUUACUCAGUCUUCAAAAUUUCGACAUCAGGUAGCCGCGGAUGAACGUGUAUUAAAUUACUACAGUUGUGCGCUGGUGGGCGAUAUCCUACUUCAAGGUCACCUUUACAUAACACCGAAUUAUUUCGCCUUCUAUAGCAACGUUUUCGGUUACGUUACAAAGUUGUUAAUACCAACGGCCUCGGUGUUGAAGAUCAGUAAAGAGAAGACGGCUAAGAUCAUUCCAAAUGCUGUCGCGGUAGCGACCGAGGAUGAAAGACACGUUUUCUGUUCUUUACUAUCAAGAGAUUCGACCUUUAAACUGAUGAAACAGGUUUGGGACGAAGCAAUAAUACCAAGAGCUUCACCGGACGUAUUACCACUUCCCGAUGAGGCAAAAUUAUUACCACCGGAUACGUUGCUGGUCGACGAUUCGGAAGUUAAUCCUGAGGAAGAUGAUUCGAGUAUGUCAGAAAGUGGCACCGAUCAAACAGCUUCGAGACCACCAACUGUUUGUACCGAUACCGAUGGUUUAUCACCUACUAUUUCUAGACCAAGUCAUACUCCUGUUCCUAAUACCAGAAUGGAUUCAGUGACACCAUCGAUACCGAUCUCACCUAACAAAUCUCGUUCGUUUGGUACAUUUUUUGUUGGUGGAUUGAAGCCUGGUACAGUAAUUGCUAUAUUGGUUGUGGUCCUAGCAGCUUUGUAUGUUUCGGCAGCGAUGAUGAUGUUCCGUAUCGAUAGAUUGCAUACGGCAUAUCUAAAUCAUCCUCUUGUCUCGCCGGAACAUUUUACGCAUGAUCGACUCUUGCAUUAUCUCAAUUCGAAUCUCGAUCAGAUAGCUAAGGUCCGCCAAAGUUUGCAAACGUUGUCGCAACAAUUUGUAGCAAUGAGUCAAGCUAGUGAAAGAGGAUCGGCAGCUGUAUCCGGAGGACCGAUAGAACCAGAAGAUGCGCCAAGUUAGCCCCCGGGGUGGAUAAAUAAUAAUAAUAACAAUAACAUUAAACCAAAUAAUUAUACGAAUACCCGUCGCCUUGCUAGCGUAUGAAACGUGUCGUCUCGUAGUCUUCUUCAUGUGAGACGAUUAUGGCGAUCACCGAAUGGAUGAUCAUUGAUGAUAAAAUAUUAUCGUUUAGCACUAUUAUGAUUAGAACUUCCAGCUACCAAAAAAAAAAAAAAUAAAAAAAAAGAAACAACAACAACAACAAAACAAGAAAAAAGAAGAACGGGAGCGUGGGCGGGGGGUGGAUAAUGACAUUCGUAGGCAGUUCAGCCAUGAAAAAAAGACGAGUGAAUUUUUCGAUUUUAUGGUGACUAUAUCCUUUCCUUAUAUACAUACAUAUAUAUAUGUUAUGUAUAUGUACAUGUAUAUGUUAUGUAUAUGUAAAUAUAUAUAUAUAUAUAUAUAUGUAUAUGUAUAUGUUUAUGUAUAUGUAUAUGUAUAUGUAUAUGUAUAUGUUAUAUAUAUAUGUGUGUAUAUGCUCUACCCCACACCCUCACACCACAUCCAUCACCGUCAUCACGACAGUCCACUUCGCCUUUUUUUCUUUUCUUUACAUUCUGGCAUUUUGUAUCGUUCGUUGUUACUCAUAAGUGGUUUUAUUAAAUGACUUAGAAAAAUUGUUAUGUAUAGAGGGAGAAAGAGAGAGAGAUAGAGAUAGAGAUAGAGAUAGAGAAAGAGAGAGAGAGAGAGAGAGAAAGAGAGAGAGAGAAAGAGAUUUUUUAAUGAAAAUAAAAACGACGAAAUGACAAGUCGAAAGAUGAAUGAAAAAAAAAAAAACUGACAAAGGAUAUGAAAGUAAAAAUGGUGGUGCUUUUUAACGACGAACGAAAAAAAUGGUUUUUGUUUAUUUAAACUAGUCACGCGUAACUAAGGCUCCCUGGUGCGAAA